AUGAGCGCCCCUAACGGCACCGAGAAAUCAGAGGAAUCCCACCGCCAGCUCCCAGACCCCAAGACCCUCGCGGAAGCAGGCGAACUGCCCAUCAAGGACGAGAACGGCAACGAAGUAGCCUUCAAAACCCUCUACGCCGACAAGCCCGCCCACGAACGCCAACUCAUCAUCUUCAUCCGCCACUUCUUCUGCGGUGUACGUACGCUUCCCCCCCCCCCCUUCUCUCCCAGUAUCUUCCAACUACCACCACAACAACAACAACGCCAUUCAGCUGCUGACUCUGCCCGCCAAUCAAAAAAAGUCCUGUGAGGAAUACGUCCGCGCCCUCGCGGGACAACUCCCUCCAGCAACCCUCUCGCAGACCUCCCCCCCAACAACCCUCACCCUCAUCGGCUGUGGAGAUCCCGUGUGCAUUGCAGACUACAAGACCCGCACCCAUUGUCCCUUCCCCAUCUACGCCGACCCUUCCCGGAAUCUCUACGCGAAACUAGACAUGCUCGUGACUCUCAGGCAGCCUCCCAAGCAACCCGAUUGUACGUCGCUCUCAGCGCUCUCCCCUUUCCCCUUUGGGUUUUCCUUUUGCUUCCCCCGCGCCACAGUUGCCAGCAGAUGCUGACUCUUCCCGUCCGUCAAAAGACAUCACAAUGUCCUUCUUCUCCAUUGUGACGUCCUCCUUCAAGAACGUCGUCAUGUCCGGCUUGAAGGGCUUGAAAGGCGGCCCGGCCAGCCAGAACGGAGGCGAGUGGCUAUUCGAAGGCGGACAGCUGAAGUUCGUCCAUCGGAUGAGGAAUACGGCAGAUCACUCGGAGAUCAAGGAGCUGGAGCAAGUCCUGGGAAUCCAGGGUUGA